AUGGCUGGUCUUUCAUUAGACCUCUCCCUCAGCCUACUCUCCUCUGCACCUUCCUCCUCUCCGGUCGAGGCCGUCACAAACCUACGGGAUUCUCUCUCCAGCCCGCGGAAGGCGAAGCGCCACUGCCAAAUAGAUCUUCGUCAGUCGCAACCGUCGCACGUCGUCGCGCUUCCCAUGAGGCACGUGCAGUCGCCGGGUCUGUCGCUAGCAAGCAGCCUUGACGCGGAGACCGUCACCGAGCCCGUCGCCGAGCCCGUCGCAGAAUCCGUCGCCGCGACGUCGCAGAGGGAUAACGUAAAUUCUUCCUUCCACCUUCUUGACUCAUCUCCCUCGUCGUCUCCCCCGUCUACCAGCUCCUUCUCACCCUCAUCCCGCGGUCCUUCCGCCUUCACCGCCCUCGCCUCCCUUGCGCACGCUCCGCCGUCCCACUGCAUGCCGGCGCUCACUCCGGCGCCUCCCUCCACUCCGCCGCCGCCGUCGCACCAGCACCGUGGUUGGUUCGGCUCCGCCAACCCCCCUGCAAGCUGCCCUCCCGCGAUCUGCCCUACUGCAAGCUACCCUCCCGCAUGUUGUCCUCCCGCCGCGGAAGCCGUCUGCGUGACUCGGCUAACGAUGCCGCCCUCCGCUUCUUCCUCCGCUCUUACCGCCCCGCAUCUGGCCACGUCACACUCUCAGCAGUCAACAGCUCCUGCGGCGCCAUAUGCACCAGUGAACCCCAGCGCGGAUUCGGGGGCCGCUGCAGGUCCCGUCGCGGCUCCAGCGCACCCGAUUGUCGCGGGAGCGGCACCGAUGGCUCCGACGGCGGCGCCGGCGCCACCGGCCGCUGCGCCGGGUCCGAAGAAAAGGAAGAGCAUGAAGGACCGGAAGUUCCGCGGAAUUCGCGAGCGUCUGUGGGGUCGCUGGGCCGCGGAGAUUCGGGAUCCCCGAACCAAGAAGCGGAUCUGGCUCGGUAGCUUCGACACUGCCGAGGCUGCAGCCCGAGCCUACGACGCAGCCAACCUCCGGCUUCGAGGAGCCAACGCCCGGACCAAUUUUCCCCAGCCCGAGCAGCUGGUUGCCUCGGAAAACAAUCCUGCCGCACCUCGCCAGAUCGAGGCUCUGCCGACUCCGAUGCUCGAGGAGCUAAGUCCAACUGCCGGAUCAAGCUCGGAUGGUCAGGCGGCUGUAGCACCAGCCGCGACAGCAGCUCCAGCGCCGGUGGCAGCUCCAGCUGCUGUGUCUCUCUCCCCUGCAGCUACGAUCGCUCCGCGUCCCACCCCUAUCGCGCCCGCUCCCGUUCAGUUCUCUCCGGGGCAGCCUGGGCCGUACCCGUUUGUGGCUGUUUCGCAGUGGCAGUACAACGCGCAACGCAACCCCCACCAGCAGUACAGCAACAACGUGCAGCAGUACCCGCGCGCGCAACAAUACCCCCACUCCCACUCCGCCCAGCCGUCCUACUACCAUUCGGCGCAAUCAGUGAAUGCUCGCUCCGCGCCUCACCAACAGCAGGCUGUAGCGGGAGCGCAGCCGGCGCUAGCCGUCCCAGCAACUUCCCCCUACCCCACCUUCCCCGGGUCCUGGGGACAUCCCAGCCAUCCCAGCGCAUCCGCCCAGUAUCAGCAGAGCCUGGCUCCGCUGUCCGCGUCCGCCUCCGCGCAACACGUGUCUCUCUCCGCGCCUGCGUCCGCCGCGCUGGCUGCUGCGGCAGCCGUGCCUUCGCACCGGUCUCAGGCGGCGUACCCUGUGUCGCAGCAUCCGCCUCCUCCCAACACAGGUGCUCCACGCACAGUGGUUGCACAGACAGUAGUCACUCCGCGUACUGUCACACCGCACACUGUCACAUCGCAUAAAGCGGCGCCUCUCAUGGGGCUGCUCCAGCUGCCCAAGUCUCUCACUGGACCAGUCCCAGCCGGCCAGCUGGCAAUGCCGGUGGCAGCAGCAAAGCCUGCUGCUGCUACUGCACAAGGAGCGGUUAUUGUGAAAGCAUUGCCAGGACCAGCAGCAAAGUCGACAGGAGCAGCAGCUGGAGUUGGAGCCAUGUGCACAUCUUUGGUUCCCCAGGAUCAGUCGCCGUGCACAUCUGUCCCUCCAUCGGCCUCUCUUCCUUCUCACUCAUCAAGCAGCAGUAGCUAUGCUGGAGGCUCGGGUGCGGAUCAGUGCACAGCUGCAUCUGCUGAUGGCACUGUUGCUGUUGUGGAUGCGUCCACUGCUGUGGCUGCUGCUGGAGCUGAUGGUGCUGCGCAGAGCGAGAAGAGCGCAAACAAGAAAGACGGCCGCACUCGGCUUUUCCGAGGUGUUCGCCAGGUAAUUUUCUGA